AUGCCUCUUUACGCCAAUCCUCCUCCAUAUGUCUGGCAUAAAAUUGAGACUCUUCACUUGAGCUACUCAGCGAUGCCGACAUUCGUUCCACCUACACCACCAGUACUUGUACCACCGUCAAAUCCGUUCGGUUCUCCACCGGAACCAGAGCCGGAGCCAAAAGCUCCCGCUGAUGAAAAGCAAGGCGUUCCGGCCGACGCCGAAGCGCAUGCCUCAGAAGAGGCUCCUCCAGCUGAGCCUGGUAUGUACCUUGACAGCUUGUAG